AUGUAUAUCAUCGCAAAACGAAGACGAAAAGAGAAAAACAGACGCGAUACAGGGAACAAAAUGCAAAAUGAAAAAGAGAAUUCGAAGAAUAGUGAGAAGACGCACGAGAAAAGUUUCAAAUUACAAGAGGAAAAUAACAAUUUGGCCGAGAAAUGUAGCAAUUUAUCCGAGAAAAGUAACAAUUUAUCCGAGAAAAGUAGCAAUUUAUCCGAGAAAAGUGAUAACUUUUUACCAAAGAAAAGUACCAAUUUAUCCGAAAUAAGCGACACAUUACCCGAGGAAAGUGACAAUUUAUCCGAGAAACGUUCCAAUUUAUCCGAGAAAAGUACCAAUUUUUCCGAGAAAAGUACCAAUUUUUCCGAGAAAAGUGACAAAUUACACGAGAAAAGUACCAAUUUAUCCGAGAAAAGUGACAAACUAUGCAAGAAGGGUGACAGUUUACAGGACAAUCAACGCAAAAGACACAACAAACGAGCAAAAAUAAGUCUUCAAAAUAUCUCGAUUUGCAUUCUGGCCGUCGCGUGUUUCACCUUAUGUGCCCUUCCGGGAAUGAUAUUUAAUGGACUGAAUAUUUUGAAGGGAAGAGGGUGGUUUGGUAAAGAGAAUUUUCAAUUGAUUCUGUUGUGGGUGAGAACCCUCAUAACUAUGAAUUCAAGUUUCAACAGUUUGUUAUUUUUCUGGAAGAACGCGAUAUUGCGAAAAGAGGGAAGACAAGUAUUCACAAAGAUUCGAAAAGACUAG